AUGCAACAACCUGCUUGACACUCUCCUCUGGAAGAGGAAAGGAACUACUAGAGGAAGCGUGGGCACUUGGAUGCAGAAAUUGAGCACCCUCCAUGUGAUCCAGAGAACAGCAACUCAUACAUCUUCUGGAACUUUCUACCAACAGUAGAACCUCUUAGCUUUAUGGAGAAAACAGAGUCAUUCUGUCCAGAGGUGCCACCCCGAGACUGCGGAGCCUCUCCUUGGCCCCCGCUGAGGAGCCUGCCAAAGAACCAGGGGAGUCUCCUCCAGUUUGACCGGCAAGCUCCAGGCCGCCUGUCCACCUCACCCACUUUGAGGAGAUUAAGGACCCGUAGCUGUGGGACAAGGCAGGAUACCUUGCAGGUGCCCACCCGGGGAAGCUGGGGAGAGCCUGUGGGCUCCCCAUGUUACCUUUCCAAGAGCCUGCCAGGAAGCUCAAAGGAUUCUUCACACUUGCUGUCACCCUUGAGACUCCACUCAAGAUUGACCUCUGAACCUGAAAGGGCCCUGAAUGCAGCUGACUCACUGGAGCCCCAAACCCAGCCCACGGACAAGUAUCUCCCUCCUGAGCUUCAGCCUGCCAGUGAAGGGUCCCUUCACCAGGCCUCUCUUCUGCAGCAAGAAGGCCACUUCCUGCCCAGCCCCACCCCACGACGCCCUAGUCCUCAGGGAGAAGAAUUGCACCCAUCCAGGUUCUACGAGCACAGGCGGAGCUCUGUGGUGCUGAACUUACCUGGACUUGAGAUGUUCCCUGGGGACCUUCUGGUGUCAGAUGGAGCUGCUGAUUACCUAUGCCAUCCACUUCUGCUGCUGAAUUCAGAAUCCAAAAAGCCAAGAUGGCCUUUCUCCAAAAGAGGAGUGGGCAAAGACAAACACAAGCACAUGUCCGAUCUGGAAAACUGCCUGUCCUCUGUGAAAAUUACCAACUUCAGGGGCUAUGACUUCUACAGUCUUAAGGAUAAGACCUGGGAUGAAGUCUUGGAAACACAUCACAAACUCCCGACUGAUCAAUUAGACUUGAAAAAGCAGCAAGAGGCCGUGUGGGAACUUUUCACAAGUGAAUGCACCUAUUUUUUGGACCAUUUAUUAGUUCUUAAGAUGAUUUUUAUGAAUACACUAAAAUAUCUGCAAACUCAUGAAUAUCUCCUAGAUGUGGAUUUAUGGAGACUUUUUGCAAACCUGGAGGAGUUAACUCAGACAAGCCUUGGUUUUGUGAACAGUCUCUUUGGCAUCAUCAAGGACUAUGUAGACGCUUCUGAGAUUUCCUCAUCACUGGAUUUUAUUUCCGUGCUCACAAAGUAUUUCCGAGGGAGUCUCUGUCAGAGCCACCAGACCUACUGCCUGAACUAUUCAGCUGCUAUCUUUUAUCUGGAGAGCCUGAGGCAGAGAGAUGACUUUGGAAUUUAUUUAAAAUGGUGUGAGCAGAAUGAACAAUGCAGACGGCUCCACCUGCCUGAGCUACUAGUGGCCCCACUUCAGAGGCUCACUCGAUACCCGUUGUUGCUGAAGAAUAUCUGGAAAAGGAGCACGGACUCUGCUGAGAAAAUCAUGAUCUACUCCAUCAAGGAAAAGGUGGAAAAGUCCAUCCGGGACUUUGAAGGAAAAGUGAAGUGGCUGGACAAUUUCCAAAAAUUUAGAUAUCUACAGGAGAUUAUAGUGUGGCCACCGCUUUGGGAUAGAGAUAAAAGGUUUUUCAUUCCAGAGUGUUUGAAACACAUUUUUAAAGAACAGACGGCAGAAAACAUCUUGUCACCAACCAACAGACACCUUCUCUAUGAAGGAAAAUUAACUCUUGCAGAAAGCACAAGAUUCCUAGAUGUUUAUCUGUUUCUCUUCAGUGAUUUCCUCUUAGUUACGAAAACUAAGCGCAACAAAAAGAAACUUGGAGGCUCAGACCCUGGUUUAAUGUGUCCUUCUUUUACUCCUGAGUUGCAAGCAGUAAUAAAAGACGGUGGUUCGUGUACAGUACUCGAUCAGCCUAUUCCACUAGAUAGAUUGGUAGUCAAAAAUAUUGAACCACUCCAUGUGUCAGUCUUUGGGCUGAGAAAUGCUUUUCUUAUACAACAUGAAAACAGAUAUCGGCAGUGUAUAGCAGCAUUCUUAUUACGAGCCCAAACGGAAAACAUCAAAAAAACAUGGAUGGCACAAAUAACAACUGCAAUUUCUUGCUUUACCAAGAGUCAGGAAACCAAGAAAAUAUCUUUAUUCACAUUGCCUGCAGAAUCCUCUGAAAUUUAGGGACCUAAAACAAGUGGCAUGCCUUUUUAGAAGAUUAGCGUUUAAGGUAUUAUUUCAUUCAAACUUUUAUAACACUUAGAUAGUGAUAAGCUAGAAUGAAAUUUGCAUUUUAAAGAAGUUUCAGAAUUUGAAAAUUUGAGCUAGGAAAAUCCUCAGUAUAGAGGAAUAAUGACUGCAACAAAUUUGAACUCUGAGGAAUUUCUUGACAAAUAUAUACUGACAUCCAGAUUACCUUCUAAUGCUUCCGUCAGGUUUGUAGGAGGUGUGGGUGAAGAAAGGUGCUAGUUUGUGAAUGAUCAUAUAAAUGGAGUAUCAGAAGGAAAACAAUGUCCACUGCUUGCGUCCAAUAUGAACUCCAGUAUCUUACUCUGUACCGAUAAAAUAAUGAAACCAAUUUUCCUCAUGGCUUGUCUAUCAGUCUUAACCGCUUUAUAGUCCUACCUCAAACAUAAUGAUAAAUCUUUAGAUACAAAGCUUCAUUGUUCUUUUAAUAUACAAAGCAAUAAAUAAGGACUACAUUUAAAUAGCAGUUUUAAAAUUCCUAUUCUCAAACUCAUCUCAGGUAUACUUUAUAGUACUCUAACGUGGAAGUAGAAAAUCCCAAAGACUAAAUUCCACUACUUCAAGAUAGGAAGAAAAAAAAAAAUCUGGCUUUCACCAGUUAACACUUUUGCAUGGCUUUUCUUGGCCUGUCGUGAAGUGUACAGAUUUUCAUAUACAUAGUAAGGUAUCUGUCUCUUAACUUUAUUUUUUGAAGAAUGAUGGUGUUUGCCAUAAAAAUAUUUUCUGGUUGUUAUUGGUGUGUGUGUGUGUGUGUGUGUGUGUUAGCACAGUACAGUCACUUAAUUUUAUUUGGCAGGACUUCAAAUUUCUUCAGAAUUUUUAUCAUGAAAGGCAGUUUGAAUAAUUAUUAUAUUAUUAUGGCAGUAUAUAUACUAUUAACUACAUUCAAGGAACUAGUUCUUAGGGUCAGAUUAUUGCAUCAAAUAGAAGUCCACAAACUUCCAUUUCAGGCUCGUACCUUUUGCAAUUUGCAAAGUGAAAGUAGUAAAUUUAUCAAAUUUGGCUGCAAGACAACUGAAGCCUUGGCUGAUUUUGUUAAGCUGAAGAAUGGGAUAGAGAGGAUAAUGUUUGGGCAAGUCAUGUGCACAGUAAUUCUUUGAGGAAGGUGAAAUUUCACCAGGCAAACAGAGCAGUAAAGACAAGUGCAGCAGAAAGGCUUUUGUACAAGGCAAGCACUAUUAGAAUGGAGACUAAUAAUCUCUUUAUAAUAAUGUCAGACGUUUAAUAGAAGAAAAAAUAAAAGGAAAAUAUGGAGGACAGUAACUAUUGUUGAUAGCUAAGAAUAAAUGAGGUGGGGAGAAGGCAAAGGGGAGAAUAGACUUCAAGCUUCAAGCGAAUUCCUAGAGAUGGCAUCUGGAUGGGACUGAAAGCAGUUAUGUCCAGGAGAAUACAAUAUAGAUUAUGCAAGAGAAAAUUUUAUAAAGAAAUUUCUGGCUGAAAAAAAUUUUUAACUUAACAAUCAUCUUGCAAAUGUGUAGAUAGAUAUAAACCAACCUCGGAGGUGAGCAGUGGACUAGGACGAGGUGACCUCUCAAAUUCCUUUAGUCCCAUGAAUCCAGCAACCACAGACUUAUAUGUAUAAAGGUAGUUUUCUCCCUCUGAAUCUCAUUAAAGGGAGAGACAGACUGACUAAAUUAACAAAAUACGUAAAACAGCUCAAGAAUACGCUGCACAUAAACUGGAAUUCUAUACAGCUCACAAAAUAACAUGUCUAAUACACAAUCUAUUAGAUGUUUGAGGAUAUGCACAUUAAACUCUUUGGAGGGUUCAGAAUGAAGCACAUUCUAAUGAAAGGAUAGUGCGGGUCAGAACAAAAACCAUUCUAGAACCGUAGCUCCCAGGAAGAAGAAAUAGCAAAAAACAAUGGCACAUUGGGCCUUCCAAAAAGUAUCUUUGGGGAGGGGAGGGAGAAAAAAAAUAUAAAUAAAUAAAUAAAUAAAUAAAUAAUAAAUGUUUUAAGUAUCUUUAAAUGAUCAUCUGGGUAUUAAGCGCAGAUACACAAUGAAAUAAGCAGUUAAUUACAUAUUUUUUAUAUGUUUUUAGUUUUGUUAAUUCUC